AAUUUAUUUCUAGAUCAAUUGGUGCGUAGCAAUGGUUCAACUUAUAGCUCUGUUGUAUAAAGAUCAACAUGUCACAGUCUUGCAAAAACUUCUGAACUCGUGGCUCGAAUCAUCACACUUUGAUAGCUCUGAGGAUAAUGAGAGUAAUACUUCACAACACAGCAGAGGAAGUAGCGAUUUGCCAAUGCUGUCUUCAGGUCCGACAUCUGAUUGCUCAGACAACGAAGGCAGUGCCAAAAUGAAAGGUCAAUCCGAUUCGCCCACUAAUAGUUGGGAUUCUGUUAUAAGAAGUACAAAUAAUGAUACUGAGAAACUCUAUAAAUCAAAUAAUACGAUGAAACCAAAGCCAUUUAACAAAAGUGUAUCUGCCAUGGACAUUUCGUUAUCGUUUGACGAAAAUCAAUCUGACAAUAUAACAUACGGGACAAUUGAAGAACUCAAUAUAGAGUCACAGCGUAACCCGAAAAGGAAAAUGCUUACUUCAGAGAAUUGGCAUUGUGCUUACGGAAGUGAAGAUAAGAAUAAAGAACUUGUGUCAACGUCCAGCAAUGAUGAUGAACCGUAUAAAAAACCUGUGCAUCAAAAGCCUUACAAUCCUAAACAGAGGCCAAACACAAAACUUCGAAUAGGCUUGACGGAAAGCCUACAAACAAGAAGGAGAAAAAAAGUAAUGAAAAGAGCCACAUCAAAUAUAAUCAACGUGCGAGGCCUAUCGCAUAGUACGCCGACUAAUGAUGACAUAGCCUGCGUAAUGAAAGAAUUCACAGUUGAUUUCCUUCUGAAGGGCUACAAUGCCUUAGUCAAAACCCUUCACACACAGAUCUUGACCAAUUUCCAACUGGAGAUAGAUAUAUCCCACUUUUUUUGGCUCGUGACUUAUUUCUUGAAGUUUGCGACACAGAUUGAGCUGGAUUUGAGCAUUAUAUGCUCUGUGAUAUCCUUCGAUAUGGUGCUGUAUUUGACGGCGGAAGGCGUGCACUUGUGUGAACAGUUCGAGCUGGCAAUCAAGCUGAAAAAAAAUGAUUUGAAGCCAAUUAAACGCCGCUUGCAUUUGGUUGUCGCAGCAAUUCGUGAGUUUGUACAAGCCAUCCAUGUGUACAAGAAGUCAGAUAACAUUCGCGAAGAGGAUAGGAUGUCGUUACUGAAGUUACAAGUGAAGAUGUGUGAAACUGAGGAGCUGCGUUCUCUGCUGGUGUUAUUGUUGAGGCAUUACAACCCGAACUAUCACACAAAACAAUAUUUACAGGACCUUGUCAUCACAAAUCAUAUCUUGUUGCUGUUAUUGGACAAUGUUAUGAAGGUCUCGGACUACAAAGGCACCGGCACCAUGGCUGACCAUUUAAUGCAGUUUGCAACACCUGAGAUAAUGUUCCAAUACGGGCUACUGCUUGAAGACUAUGAAAGUAAUGGUGAGUUUGUGAAUGACUGCAUCUUCACCCUGAUGCAUCACGUGGGAGGUGAUCUUGGCUGCUUGAUCUCGCUCUUCCAACCCAACAUAUUGAAGACGUUCACCGCCAUUUUUGAAUCGGAAUAUAAAAUUUGUGAGGAAUGGUCUGAUCUCAUCCAAUAUUCAAUUAAUACAUUUGUUAAGAAACCGCUAAGCUCGAAACGUGCAGCUAGCUUUCGAAUGCUCACAGGAUGUGUUGAUGAUGAUAUUAUUGUCAAAGAUGUGUCCGAAGACGGCAAGGAAAAAGAAAAUACAUCUAAAAAGGACUUUAACGUAGAAUCCGUCCCAGACGGAUGGACAAAUCGAGAGCUUGAAUCGUUCAACUGGAAGUACCUACAGAGCACUAACUCAUCAGAUAUAGUCGGUGAGAUAUUGAGACUGCUUAAAGAAGACGGAAUCGUAAAAUCACGAGAGUCCGUCAUCAAACAAUUACUGACACAUGCCAAAUUAGAUAAAACAAAAUUCGGGAAACUGACGAAGGACGAGUCGGGUCAGUGCUGCAAAGUUAUGGAUACAACAGAUACAGAAGACGAUAAUGUUGGUAAAUUGUGUGAACAGUUGAAACAGAACGGGAAAGCAAAAUCCUUGGCUUGGGUUCAAAGCAUUCUGCUUGAAACGUGUUUUGCCAAAAUAUACCUGGAAACGGUACAAGUUGAAGAUAUUUGUAGGGAAACUGACACCGUGUCUGCUGACGAAUCAUCGGAUAAAAAGCCAAAAGAACUUCCUAUUUUAUCGCCGACGUCAUACAACUGUCUUAUGCUUAACAAGUCUGUGCCCCUGGUGCCAUGGAACGGCGAGCAAGCAGCUAUUUGCAAGGAUGUCAAGUUUUUACAGUUGUUGUACCAGCUUGGAUUUUAUAUGCCUGGAGAGACUGGCAAGAUUUUCAUUAGAAUACCAUAUGUUUGGACACCUGAAACCCUCUACGAAGUUGCUAAUCAAUUAUCACCUAUUGAUAUAUCUAAGCUUAAAUUUCCUGUGAGUGAUAUAUCGGCUAAAAGCGUGAAUUCGCGUGAAGCUCGAGAAACCAACACAUUGAAAUCCGGGCAAAAAAAUGAUAUCAGCAUGUCAUUGAGACCGGACAACUUCUUCCAAAUACAGAAGCAGAAGCAUCUCGCAGCCGUUGUUAAUUUUACACCGAUGCAGAUACCUGGUUCUUCUUGCGACUCACCCAGUAACGAGCGCAGCUCAUCGAGCUGGUUGCAAGUGGUACAGAAGGCUCAAGAACUCAAUCUGCCUCUGGAAAUUGAACGUACCGAAGCCGUGCCGUCCUGCAGUAAGUCAGAGUCAAUUGAAAACCGAGUGAUUCUGUUGGAUGGAGCCAAAUUCUUGAUGCCGACUGCACUGACUGUCAAGCCACACCAAACGAGUGGUUUCAACAUCAGCCAAGCCGACUCCGAAUGUUGCAACACGUUGUGCGAGACGACGUCGGUCGCGUCAGGCCUGACGCGUAUGUACGUCUCAGACGAGGAGUAGGAACCUCAUAUAGAUAUGUCAACCUCAAACGCAAAUUCCCGACACUCUUCGAUGGUCCUGCAGGACAGGUUAUAACUCUACAUCUUGCUUUGAUUACACAUUAAAAAAAACUUUAUAUGUAUAUAGUUCACGAUAAGUACACUAGGCUGUACUGCAGGGUAAUGAUUUUAUAUAUGUUUGGUAUAGUCGAUAACGAAAAUUCUCUAUCAAAUUGUCUAUUUUAAUUUGAUUUUCUAUUUAUUCUUAAAUUUAAUCUAUAAAUACUUACCGCAUGCCUAAGUCUCGAUCGUUGUUUAUUUAUUAAGUAAGUAUGUAAAAUGUGGUUGCUCCGAACUUGUUAAUGCGCCAUAGUUCUUUUCAAAUAAGGGGGUGAAGAACCCCCUCCUUUUUGGCGGGCAAAGCUCGUCGCGGCCAUAGUGUAAAAAUAAGCAGUAGUAUAACUCUAUGAUUUUGAAUUAUCUACUUUCUAAUAAUAUUACAAAUUCGUCAGUCUGUCUGUUUGUUAUAUUUUCACUAAUAAACUACAAAUUAAUUACUGAACAGAUUUUAUUGAAAUCUGGCAUAAAGGGAAAAUAGUGAAAUUAGUUGAGUAGGAUCAGUUUCGAUAAUUUUUAUUUAUCGGAAGCCACGUAAUAGUUUAAACUAUUAAAAAAAUUUCAAAAUUUAUUUAUUUUAACCCAUUUGUCAAAGAUCCCGUUUUCAUCAGAUAUCGACGUUUUGAGGUACUUACUAGGAAGCGGUCCUGACGAUUUUUAAGAUGGUGUCUGUAUGACUGCGUGUGUGUGUGUGUGUGUGUGUCGACAUUUAAGAGGGCAUGACCAAACUGAGAUUUUUAAUAAAAUUUGGACCGGUUGAUUUUCAGAAAACUCAAAACAACUACCAAAAUAAAAUUCUAUAUCUGCUUUUUUUGGGAUAGUUUUUAAACGGCUUUACCGACGAUCGCCUGAAAACUGCGUGAGCAUCAGUUUAUUCAUUAAAAAGUAAUUGCGGUUUAAAAAUUUAUAAAAUAGGGUUUUAUUUAACUUUUUUGAUCGUCAUAAGUACAAAUUGAAGCGUUUAGGUAUGGAAUUAGCUGGAAUUUUGAGGUAUGGCCUUUAGGAUCAACCGUUCUUCCUAUUCUUUCUUUAUUAUAUUCGUUUUUCUAAUAAUAAAAUUAAAUCCAUCAGCAUUAUGUUCUAUUUAUAUCUUUCCAAAACUUUUUGCUUUUUUUUAUGUCAAUGACUCCACGGUUUCUUCUCACACUCCCAAAUAUAAAAGCAACCUUUGCCGACAAGUAAUAUUUUGUUGACUUGAAAAUACCAAUUAGUAUUUGUGGUGAUUGUUACCUGCUUUGUUUCUUAGUAUUUUUUUUUGCGUUAAUAGCUUUGCGAUGUCCAUGCUUACUUUGCGGGAAGCUAUACGAAAGUUGACCGCAUCUAUUGCGCCUGCAUCCACUAACUCGUCGGAACUCGCUCCAAGAAAUUAUAUAUUUAGACAGUAAGGCUUACUUUGUAAAUUCUGUUGUUUAUUCAACUGACCCAAAGAUUUUUUUCACUAACUAUAACGUGUGAAAACGAAGUUACGCUUAAAAUAUUUUUUUUCCUUUCACUUUAUUUCCAUGACUUCUUUUCUUUUAGCAACUCUGCCAAAAUUUGAAGUAAUUAGUAAGAUUUUUCUUAAUUCUAUUACUAAAUGCUCCUAUUUAUUUGCCAAACCGUUUUCCUUUUCACAAUGAUGGUCUUGUGCAAAGGCGCAUUAUCGUGGUGCAAAAUCGAAGAAUUUUCUUUCUACAAAUCUUUUUCCUUGGCCUUUUUCGUCGAAUUUGCUCUUAUAUGCCGCAUAAUGCUCAAAUAAUAUUCUUUAUUUACCGUUUGGCCUUCUGGUAAGAAUUCCGGGUGCACUAUGCCGCGAUAGUCAAAGAAAACAGUCUACAUGAAUUUGACUUUUGAUCGACUUUGGCGUGGUUUUUUCGGUUUGGGUUCAGUUGGAAGGCGCGACUCCGAACCUUGUUGACUAGUUUGCAUGUCAAACUCGUAAACCCACGUCUCGUCACCAGUAAUGUUGAGUCGGAAUUGACUCGUUCUGGCAUAUCCUCAGCGACUCUCAUGCGAUUCAGUUUUUGGAGAAAAUUAAGGUCAGAAAAUUGGUAGGGUUUAUGUCGGUAUAUGCCCGUUUGGGUUGUUUGGUUCUAGACGAAGCUAUCCCGCUCAAAGUCACGUGGCGAGUGUAGGUGCUGCCUACCUGCUAUUAUAUUUGGCUUGGCAACCUUCAAACCUAUCAAUAGUUAGCGCAUACAAAUAAUUGUAUUUUAUUAAAAUUAAAGUUGCAUAAGAGACAUGCAUAAAAAAUACCAAUCGAAUUGAGAACCUCCUCCUUUUCGGUUAAAAAGGGUACUAUAAAAUAUCUGAAUAUAAAAAACCCUUGGGACUGAGCUGCUGGGCUGUUACAUAUCUGUCUCUGAUUGAUAAAUAUAAUUAUAGUUAGAUAAUUCAAAUGAUUAGAAAGCCUAAGUUUUAAGCUUUUCAUAAUAACUAUGAGUUAUAAUAUUAUGUAAAUUUAAACAAAAUGGUCAAAUUGUAAGUACGGGCAUUUGGUGACUAUUGCAUAAUAUGUAGGUAGAUGAACAUUAUUUUUUGUUAUUUGGUAGAAUUCUCUUGGCAGGCAUCGUCAUGCUCGCUUAAUGCCACUGCUAGAGGCGACGUGGGGCGGGUCGUUCCAUUCCCUAAAAUAUGGUCGAGGGAGGCGAUGGCUGGUCCGUGCAUCAUGCUCGUGAACGGGCGCUACGUGUAGUGGCUGAAUGAUCCUGUCACCGGGAAGUCUGCUUCUUGUUUUUUUUUUUAAUUUAAGUUAUUUUUUUAUAUAAUACCUAAUAAAAUGCUCGCAUAAUGCCCUUAUUGUAUAAGAAGGUAUGUGUUAAUUGAUGCAUCAACUGUAUUGUUCUAUAUGUAUAGUACUCAAUAACUCUUGUGUUUUUACUCGUGUAAGGCAUUUAGUAUUUAACGUUUGAGUAUUUUGUUGCAUCACUUUGCAUAUAUUGUAAUUCAAAUGAUUUGUAAAUUUAAUUGAAAAUAAGAACAUGUCGCCAUUCCAUAACACCAUUCUGUUUUGAAAAGAGCAACCUUAGAGUUUCUUGGUCGUCCUUCCUUAAGGAAAUCUGCCUUCCGAAUGGGCUGUAUGAAAAAAAUACAUAUUUAUCGAUUUGAUCUUAUAGAUAUCGAUGAAAUUAUAUCUCAUACAAAAAAUAUACAGUGUGUUUUUUUUAAGUGGGACAGUUUGGGGAAAUCCUAAAGUAUAAGAGAUACAGGGAAACUGUAUCUCUUAUCUUAGGAAACAUUAGGUACUUUUUUGUGAAAAAAAAUUGGUAUAGUCAAAAUUUUGGUCAAGUGUGAGUUGUCCCUAAAAAUGAUUAAUUUUGAUGAAAUUGUUUUUUGACGCACAUCUACUCAGUUUCAUGAGGGGAUCAUUUUAUUGGAUGGGAAGAAAAAAAUCGGGACAGCAGAAGUUAGGUAAAUUUAAUAAAAUAAUUUUACAUUAAAGUAAAUGUUCAAAGUGCUUCCCUCUUGUCGAAUGCAGGCACGAGCGCGUUUCAGAACACUUCUGGUAGCUUUAGACAAGGCGUUGUGAUGUAUGUUGUUCAAAUGAUAAUGCACUGCGUCUUUUAACUCUUGUACCGAGUUGUAAGUAUCUGCAUAAAUUCGGUACCCCCAAAUGAAAAAAUCCAACGGUGUUAAAUCGGGUGAACGUGGUGGCCAUUUAAUAGGGCCAUUUGUACCCAUCCAGCGAUCGAGAAAAUGUUCAUUUAAAAACUGUUUAGUAGCGAUACUAUUGUGGGCAGGGGCGCCGUCUUGUUGGUAGAUGAUAUUAUUCAAAUUAUUUAAUGGAAUUGCCAUAUCUACUAAAUCCACAGCCAUGUUUAAUAUUUCCUGAUAUUUUUGACUAUUCAAUGUUCCAUAGUAAAUUUUAAUGGCAAAGAUUUUACUAUCUAAUAGUGCACACCAACAAUUAAAGGAAAAGCGGACCUGGUUAUGGGUUGCCGUAGUUCGGAAGGGGUUUGUACGUGCCCAAAAAUGAUUAUUUUUUCUAUUGUACAUGCCAUUGUUUGAAAAAUUGCAUUCAUCUGUCCAAAUAAUCCGGCUUGGAAAAGACGGGUUUCUAAUCGAGCAUGCUACAAACCACUGGCAAAAUGCUAAUCUCCGGUCAGUGUCUCCUGGAAGCAAUGCUUGUACAAGAUGACCUUCUAUGUAACACUUGCACUUGUAAGCCUUCAAUACCUUUCGUACUGUAGAUCUAUGCACACCGAUAUUGUUAGCAGCUUCCCUCAAUGAGGCUUUUGGGUAGGCUUCAAAAUAUCCUAAGAUUGCGAUACUUGUAAAUUCAUUUAUUACUGUGGCUCGUCUCUUCCGUUUAAGUGUAAAACAGCCUCCCUUUCUUAAAUUUUUCACCAGUUUGUCAAAAAUUUUGCGGUUCGGUUGAUCGCGGUCCGGAUAACGUUCCCGAUACCACUGUAACGCAUUCACAGAGCUACGAUAAUUUACAAAAUACGCUUCAAUUAAAUUUACUUUAUGCGAGUUUGAUAAUUCCAUGACGAAAACUUAACAUAAUGUUAACUUUAAACAAUGAAAUAUCAAGUUAAAUACUGUUUGUUUCAAGAAGUUCCAAAUUUAAAAUUUGUUUUUUUUUAAAUUAGAUUUGUAAGGUAAGGUGCUCGCGUAAGAAUACCUUAAAGUAUUUUAAUCCUUUUUAAACCAAAUAAAGUGUUCCAAAUUCAAAUGUAAAACUGGAAUAGGCAAUAUUUUUUUAAUAAAAACCUUGCAGUAGGCAGUGGUAGGCAAUUUACACGGGUUGUAAUAAUGAAAACGAUUUUCUUAAAUUUGACUAACUUCUGCUGUCCCGAUUUUUUUCUUCCCAUACGAUAAAAUGAUCCCCUCAUGAAACUGAGUAGAUGUGCGUCAAAAAAAAAUUUCAUCAAAAUUAAUCAUUUUUAGGGACAACUCACACUUGACCAAAAUUUUGACUAUACCAAUUUUUUUUUCACAAAAUAAAUAUACCUAAUGUUUCAUAAGACAGUUUCCCUGUAUCUCUUAUACUUUAGGAUUUCCCCAUACUGUCCCACUUAAAAAAAACACACUGCAUAUUAUAUAUAAUUUUGCUCUGUGUACUCAAAAGGUUUUAACUACCAUAGACAAUCUUUUCUCAAUAAUUACUUACGUACGAGUAAAUCGUAGUUAUGAUUCCACUGCAGUUACGAACUAAGUACAAAUAAUAAAAUUAAUCUUAUUAGCGGGCACCUAAAGGUGGUAUUUCUGUUAAAGGUGACAGUGACAGUUUUGCGAGGCGUGUUUAAUAAAUAGUGAAAAUAAGGUGCAAACUCUUUGGAAGCAAAAAAAAUAAAAUUACUAAGUAAAAGUAAAGCUGGAAUAAAGAUAAUAGUAUAUAGUAUAUAUAUUUUUUUUCUAUAUCGUAAUUUUAUAAUUCGUCUUGUAUAUUACAGCCAUUGUAAAAUACUCUAUUGAUUGGAAAGAGUAGCCGUUGGUUUUCUUGUAUGUUCUUCUCACGAGCUCUACUUUUCCCGAACAUAUGGUAGAUUCAGUAAUUUAAAAGAAAUAUUUAUAGUAACGAUUCAAAAGAGCUUUAAAGCCUAAUUGAAUAAAGUUUAGUUGACUUUGACUUUGAAACGACCGACAUCCAUCUAUUAAAUGGAUUAAAAGUAUUUUAAAUAAUAAAAUUUGCAAAUGAUGUCGGAUAAUUAUAUGCCAAGGCAAAUUUUUAUUAGGUCAGGUUAGGUAAUAAUAUAAAAUUAUAUAUAUAUACUAGCUGACCCAGCAAACGUUGUAUUGCCGAUAUUAAAAUCGCGAUACAAAAGUAACUGUUGAUCGUAGAUGGGUGAAAAUUUGAAGUUGUAUGUAUUAGUGCUGACUCAUAAUCAAACAAAUUAAAAAAAAAAGUCAAAAUAAUUAAAAAAAAACGUGUAGACCACCCUUAACAUUUGGGGGGAUGAAAAAUAGAUUUUGUCCGAUUCUCAGACCCAAUAUGCACUCAAAUUUUCAUGAGAAUCGGUCAAGCCGUUUCGGAGGAGUUCAAAGUUUAACACCAUGACACGAGAAUUUUAUAUAUUAGAUUAUUUACUUUGAUACAAGGUUAAAAUAUUUGGCUUGAAGCUCUGUUCAAACUGAGGCGAAUAACACGAGGGACGCGGGACGGAUGUCACUCGCGCCGAUUGUGUCAACUAACUUGUAUGGACUUAUUCAAAUUUAUUUAUUUUAUCAAAAUACACACUAUCAUUACAGUAUAUUCCAAUGCGAUAGAGGUACAUACAAUAUUUCACUUUUUUACAUCCUUAAAUUUGAUAACAUACUAGCUGACCCAGCAAACGUUGUAUUGCCGAUAUUAAAAUCGCGAUACAAAAGUAACUGUUGAUCGUAGAUGGGUGAAAAUUUGAAGUUGUAUGUAUUUUUUAAUGCCACAUUAUAAAAAAAUAAAAACAAAAUUUCGUCCAAAAAUUAAAAAAAAAAAAUAAGGGUGAAAAACCCUUAUUACUUAGGGGUAUGAAAAAUAGAUGUUGGCCGAUUCUCAGACCUACUCAAUAUGCUCACAAAAUUUCAUGAGAAUCAGUCAAGCCGUUUCGGAGGAGUACGGGAACGAACAUUGUGACACGAGAAUUUUAUAUAUUAACAUAUUAUAAAUAACGCUACUCUCGUGAAUUCACCCUGAGUGCAACAAAACAGAUCCGUCUGUGAGGCUAUAUCAUUAAUAGUACGAAGGGCACGCGUCACCGCUGCCUGGCUUAACAAGUUGGUGCGCGCGGACGGCACCAUCAGCAACGGCGGCCGACGUUACCAUCAGCAACGGCGGCCGACGUCACCAUCAGCAACGGCGGCCGACGUCACCAUCAGCAACGGCGGCCGACGUCGGCGCCAUACGUACCUAUCCGGAACAACCAAAUACAGUCUACUCAAUAUAUCCGCAUUAUGCACCUUCCCUCUAAGUACUUUGAAUAGAUAUGAGAUCAGCACCAGGUCCCUUCUUACCCUGAGGUCGCUGAAAUUGACGCGAGUAGUCGCUCAAUUGAAGCGAAACAAGAGCGGGCCAGCCGGCGGGAUUGUUUGAUCUCACAAUGCAUAAUGUUUCUCUAAUGAAGAACCAAAAAUGACACGCGCGAUGUCGCGUCAGUUGUAGAAGCUAAGGCUAGAGUUACUAUGGAUGCGAGUUCUGACGAAAAUUUGUUCUGACGAAUUCGUCAGAAGAAACAAACGCCUGGUAUCCAAUGACAGUGGCAACGCUCGAGCGGUUCUGACGACGUCGUGCAUGUUCUGAUGCGGUCGUCGUUGCCAGUGUAAACACUGUCAUUGGAUACCAGGCGUUUGUUUCUUCUGACGUCAGAACAAAUUUUCGUCAGAACUCGCAUCCAUAGUAACCCUAGCCUAAGCGGGCGAGCGAAUUACGCUAAAACGCGUUCCUCUUCCUGUGCGUUAUUCGCCUCAGUUUGAACAGAGCUUUAACCCCCUUAUUCAUAAUAGUCUGCUAACUUAAAGCAUUGCUAAUUCACACUCUGUCUUCUUCUAUUGACCUAAGUCAGAAUGAGAAAAAACACUCCUUAGCGGCUGUUUAAAGUUAGCGAACCAUUAUGAAUAAGGGGGUCAGUCUACGCGUGUUCGUCGAGAGGUGCAGUUUGCAUUUAUAUCAUAAACGCUACAUAAAGUUUCCCAUUGAAUUUUAAAUAAUGAGGUGACAAUACAUAAACAAAUCUGCAAAUCUUAGGUAGUAGGUAUACAAUUAAAUAUUAAUUAAACUAAAUAAAAAAUAUUUUAUAUUUUAGGAAAAUAUUUAAAAAAAUGUGAUAAAAGCAAAACCAAAAAAAAAUUAUAUUAUAUAAUAUUAUUAUAGGGACUAUAAAAAAAUAAAAAAUUAAUAAAAAAAUCGAAAACAUCCUUAAAAUUACUUAUUUGUUUACAAAUUUAUAAGUUUUAUACAUGCAUUUUAAUUAAAAUUAAACAUAACAAAAUUAAAUAAUUAAAAUUCACAAUUAUAUAAAUUGAAUUGUGUAUGUACUAUUGUAUAACAGGGAUUAUUAUAUUUUUUUUUGUUAUAUUAUAGGUAUGGAAGGAAGAAGCGUUCUUUUAUGUUGUAAUGAAAAAUUAUGUCAAACCUGAAGGGAGUCGCGUCUCAAUAUAUUUUUUAUAAUAAUAAGGGACGAGACGAGCAGGACGUUCAGCUGAUGGUAAUUGAUACGCCCUACCCAUUACAAUCCAGUGCCGCUCAGGAUUCUUGAAAAAACCCAAAAAUUCUGAGUGGCAUUACAAUUGCGCUCGUUACCUUGAGACAUAAGAUGUUAAGCCUCAUUUGUCCAGUAAGUUCACUAGCUACGGCGCCCUUCAGACCGAAACACAGUAAUGUUUACACAUUACUGCUUCACUGCAGAAAUAGGCGCCGUUGUGGUACCCAUAAUCUAGCCAGCUUCCUGUGCAUAGGAGCCUCCCACUGGUUUUCUUUUUCUUUUCUUUUCCACAUUCUUGAUAAUGUUCAUGAGCACAUGUUAGAAAUUGCGACACUCAUAAUUUUAACACGAGGAACAAACAUAAGCUUGUUAUGCCUACUACUCGAUUGAGUGUCAUGUAGGUAAAGUCCUUUAUUGGGCGAUUUAUAUGCUUUCACAACUCGAUCCCAGAAAAUGUACAAAACAAAUGUGUUACCAAAUUCAAAAGAAUUGUUAAAAAACAUUUAUGUGGUAAAGGUUACUAUUACAAAAAUGACUUUCUUAAUGAUACCACAGAUUGGGAAUGAAGCGAAGCAUUACUUUAUACAUUAUUAAGCAUUACUAUAUAAAUAUAUUGUAACUAAAUUAAGAAAAAGAAGCCCGCUGAGUUUCUUGCGCCCGUUCUUCUCAGGUCUGAGGCAUUCUACUUUGGAUGGGUCGUAGUUUUUUACGUUCAGUAGGUUUUUUUUUUAUAUGAGAGGGGGCAAACGGGCAAGAGGCUCACGGGAUAGGGAGAGGUGAGGCAACCGCCCAUGGACAUCCGCAACAACAGGUGUGUCAAGAAAUGCGUUGCCGGCCUUUAAGGUGGGAGUAUGCUUUUUUCUUGAAGGUCCCUAAGUCGUAUCUGUUCGGGAAGACCGCUGCCGGUAGUUGAUUCCACAAAGUGGCUGUGCGAGACAAGAAAUUUCAAACAAAACGCGCGGUUGUGGAAUGCCAGACGUCUACGUGAUGCGGAUGGUACUUUGCACGUAAUGUCCGGUGGUGGAAUUCGGCCGCUGGAAUCAACCCGAACAGCUCCUCUGAACACUCCCCGUGAUAAAUGCGGUAGAAGAUGCAGAGAGAACCCACAUCUCUACGCAAUGCUAGAGAAUCAAGCCGAUCGGAGAUGACUUGAUCGUCGAUGAUUCGAGCCGCUCUUCGUUGUAUGCGGUCAAAUGGAAGAAGCUGGUACUGUGGAGCACCCGCCCAGAGGUGAGAACAGUACUCCAUGUGUGGCCGAAUUUGCGCCUUAUAAAGUUGCAGGCGGUGGCUUUUAGUGAAGUACUGUCUCGCCUUACGGAGUACACCAAGCUUUUUAGUGAUUGUAAAUAUUUUAAUGCCUAUUUUAUAUUAUUUACUCUGUUGACUGUUCUUAUUUCAAAAUAUUGUUAAGUAUAAUUUAUAAUAAUUAUUAUGACUGUUACUCACGAUAUAUAUUUUAUUUAUUUGAUGCCGAUAUCUCGAUUCAAUUGCAUGAAUCGUGGUCACAGCGGAACUCAAGAAUAAUAAUGUUGAAUUAAUUUUUUUUAGAUAUUAAUUUAUGUGAUAAGUAAAAUUAGUUUUAUUAAGACAUGUGUCAUGUAGCUGUGUGGCAAAGAGAAUUUAAACCCUACGUUCCAAAGAGAAUUUAAACACACUACGUUCCUGUGUGGUUUCCAUCACGUGUCAUAAACAGCACAGUUUAAUUAGUCGUAAAAACAAAUACUUCAUGUUGUAGUGCUAAAUAUUAAGACGAUGUAAUCGAUAAUUAUAUAGUAUACGCUUAGAUAAUUAAUACGUCUAGAUAGUCUCUUGCUGUUAGAAAACCGAUAAAAACAGGCCAGGAAUAAUACUUUAGUGUUAUUUGUAUGACACUUUGUGUUAGUGUGCGUGAAUGGCUCUAAAUGGAGUUUGGCCAUUGACCUCCACUAUAUACCACUGGACUGGCGGCUGUCAAAGUGCUUUUGUGCCUGUUUGAUAUUCGCCAUUUUGGCGCUGUUGUAUGCGGUACUAGAACUAGUGACAACUAGUGAUGACAACCUCAGCAAACAUCGAUAGAUGGUGGGAAACUAUUUACAAAAAAUAAAGUACUUAUUACGUUGAUUCUUGAAGUAUAAAUAACACGGAAAACGAAUGAAAUUAAUUCUUAAAUACUUCAGAGUAUUGUACGUUCCUUCGCAGCCAUUUGUAUGAUACGUCAAAAUUAGUUCUCUGGGCGCUCGCGUGUGGCGCUUCAAAUAGGCACAAAAAAUUUGCUGUCAAACAUAUGGAAGAGCCUGUCUAGUGGUAUUUAUACAGGUCAGUGAGUUUGGCUAAAAACACCAUUUUUUCGACGUUUUCACAGCUGUCAUAGUCUAUCUAGACGUAUAAGUGAUCCAAGACUGUACGUUGUAAGUAUAACAGUAUGACGAAUAUUAUGAUCUGUAUUGUGUUUUAAUUAAAAAUAAAUUGAUGUUGUAAAAAAAA